AUGGAUGCCUCCGCGCUCUUCGACAGCCUUUCCCAGGCGGAGGCUUAUCCCAUUGCGCCAUCAGAUGCCUUCGAUGCUCGCUACGCAUUGUUGCCUCCUCCGCCACCCAUCUACCUCUCCGGUCUCACUCCUGCUGGCCAGCGAGGCCGGCUGCCCGACUUUGACUCGACCCCCUUUCCAGCAGUAGCAGCGCGAGCUUGGGCCCGACGGAUGUUUUUUUUCCACCUCGAACGAGCGUGGCCUCACCUAUACUUUACGACCGCCUGCAUUGCCUUGCUCGUCCUCAUCGUCGGAGCCAUCUGGGCAAGAAGAAUAUGGGAAAGAAGCUGGUGGCUGCUGAGGGUAGUCAAGAAACCCAAUGGAACCUUGAUCGUGCCAAAUAGUCUCAUCACGUACACUACAUGCACCGGUGCCUUUGGCGUCCUACUGAUUGCUUGGUGAGUCUUAUACGCAAGGACCCGCUUCCGUCGUGUUUUCUUCAGUUCUUUUCAUUUUGGCUGCCGACGGCGUGCUGACCGGUCACGGCUUCCCUAUGUACUCACACAGGAUUUGGGAACUUUACGAAUGGAACGUGAAUGAUCAAAGGCCAGCAUUGUGGGUGCCUUGGAUCCUUCUGGUGUGGACGCCUCUGUUUUCGGCCGUCCACCUGGCCAGUUGGGGACUCUUCCAUAGUCUGCCAAACGUCUUCACCACGUCAGCCUCUGGAGACGUGUCUGCCAAGCAUCGCAGCUGGGUGUUUAGGUGCAUGACACGACCGGCCACCCUAAACUUCUUGGGGGGCAUAUUGCCGUUCUUCCAGGCGCUGAGUGUGAUUGCACCUACCAUUGUUGCUCAUGUCCAGUACAUGCGAGCUCUGAACGAGUACUAUCGAUGGGAACGGGAAUAUGCUAACGCGACUCAAGUGGAUCAGCAAAUGCUACAAGACGUUCAGCGCAUCUGGUACACCUUCCUGGACAGCGCAAAAAUCAUGUCGAUUGUAUUCCUCAUCUGGACCAUCUGGGCCGUCAUGCUCUUUGUGGUUUGGUCUAUCCUCAACUAUAGACUGAUGAACGUGAUCUCAGCUCAGCUCAAGCAUAUUCGUCAACUUGGCCGACGACAGGCCGAGCAAGCUGCCACAAUCCAAGCGCGCAAGCAAGCUACCAGUGUAGCUCCCGAGCAGCCGGCGGAUCGUGGGGCAGAUGAAGCUGGACAAGACCUCGGGGGCCGAGGUGUCAUGUUUGGCAGCAAAGCAGACGACGUCAUCAAGGAAGAGUACGACGGAACCUUUAACAAGACAGAGUCGGACGCUCUUGCAAGUGACCACGGCGACGCAGCUUUGAAUGGCAAAGAGGAUCCAGUCUCGCCGGUUGGUAAUGGCGAUUCGGAUGUGGAGGGGCAGCACCGCUGGCGCACUAGAUUGCGGGGUGGACUGCCGCCUUACAGUAGACGCGGAAGUGCUCUCUUGCCCAAUGCACGAGGCGAGAGCGAGGAAGAUGAAAACUUCACUGCGGCACAAAUCGCCGCCGAUGAGCCCACGACUACCUUCUUCCCGCCCGUGCGGCCGUCGCGCAUCGUCAGGCGGCAGGCCCCUCGCGUUCACGGUCGCACUUCGCAAGGCAACACCAAAGCGCAGCGGUACUUGCGCUCGGUGCUCAUUCAUGUGGCUAUCCAAGCUGUUGCAGUAACACCAGCCAUCCUUGGCUUUGCAUCCCUUGCGUGCUGGCUUUGCGUGCAGACGUAUAAUUCCUUCGAGAAUGCCGACUUGCACUUUGAUCGCACAGCGAGUACCGCUCUCAUAUGGAUGGCGUGGAUGGCCAACAUUGGAGGCACCAUUACUCUCGUCGCGAUCGCACAAAGGACCUAUGAGCCUGUCCUUCACUUUGGUCUGGCGCAUGCUGGCGGCUCCGGCUCGCAUUCUUCUGGUGCCAAGCGCCAGGCUGCAAAGUCGUUGGAAGGCAGCAAAGGAAGCAAGGGCCGUCGAAUGAGGAAUGGAAGACCGAUCAGUAGGAUUAUCAACGCGGGCUCUCGCUCCAACGAGAAUGACGAUGCGCCUGCCGACAAUGGUUACGGCGUCACCUACACAACGUUCUUUGAGUCUGAAACCAUUCAGCGUCCCGCCAAAUCCUUUCCACAUGGCGGCUCCGAUCUUCGACGCAAUGAGUCGGUGUCAAGUUACGGCUCUGCCGUCAAUCGAUCUGCUGGAAACGAAGAUGCUCAAAUGCAGCGGAGUGAAAGCCGAGAUAGGGCAGCUGCUGCAGCUGUCGGUCUUGGCAUCGGGACUGCGGGCUCCAUGCCUUCCUUCAACCAACGCUCACCGGUCCAGCCUGCAAAUAAAAAGUCGAUUGCGAGGUUCGCGGCGACACCUCUGCCUGCUACGCCUUCCCAGGUGCACGCAGAUGGCGCACGCGCGAGACAAGGCUCUCACAGCCAGGAUGCCCAAGAAGGGACAGAGUUGCGCGACAUGUCACCUCGUAGCGCAAGCGCGCCACGCUCGCCGCGCGACUUGCCUGUUCACACUGGUCGACACGGGCCAUCGUCGAGCAACGCGUCGCUUUCAAGGACAGGUUCAAGUGGGACAAAGUAUGCGUCUCGCGCGGAUCCCCGUUCGCAGAGUCCUGUUCUGCAAGUCCAGCGAACGGUGGAUACGCACACUGCGAUGCGCUCUGCUGAUCCUCAGCAUGGGCGCCGCCAACGAGGCUCCGGUUCCUUGGAACUCAACACGGAAGGCGGCGAUGUCAACACCAGCGACGACGAUGCUGACGGCACCUCUUAUUGGGGAUCAAGGCGGCCUUCAAAUCCUUCGACCGACGCUCUCGGGCAGCACGCUGGCUCGCGAUACUUUGCAAGCGAACGCAGAAGUAGUGCUGCCAGCCGGACAGCUGGCAGUAGCUCGGGCCAUGCUCCCAAUCUCAGUGGCGCCCCUUAUGUUGUAGGAGGUGCUUCGGCUCCUAGGUCGAAGCACAUUGCCACUUUGGCCCAAAGGCCUGGAUCUACUUCAUCACGCCUGUCUGACGUCAACGACCCGCCUGCGCCUCUGCAGACGGGCCUCGUUCCGGCGCCGCGUCGCAGGGCGCCUGGACGUCCAUCGAGUGCUCGUCGUGUCCCUUCAUCGGACAGCGCUAGUCAGCUGCACGCCUCAUCUCCUCAUCCCCUCAGUCCCACCUCGGUGCCCGGUGUGCCGGAGCACCCAUCAGGCUCAGUGCAAGACGUUCCUGGACGAGACAUUUCGACGCUCGAACCAGUCUCACAAGUCGCUCGUCAAGCGCCGCAUUCUAGCCCCACCUUUGGUCUGCUCACGCCUCAUGACGCGGCAUCGGAGAAUACUGCCGAACACCCACGUUCCGACCAUUCUCGUUACUCGCCAACGUCCGUUGCGGGCUCUGAGAGUGCUGCAGGCUACGCUCAGGCAUACUGA